CUCCUGGUACGAGUACUGUCUCAUAUCCUGAGAAUAGUACCGGGUCCGAGGCCAAUCCCUCCAGAGGUACUGGAACUGGGACAAAUUCAAAUAGUUGUACUUGCGCCCAAACACAUCCAGAUAGUGGUACAAGAGCAACGGUAAAUCCAAAGAACAGGGGUGGAACAAAAAGUAAUCCAGAGAGUAAUACUGAAACCAGUACUUAUCCAGACAAUGAUGCUAGUACGAAAAGCUAUCCUGGUCAUGGUACUAGUACUCAAGUGUAUCCCGAAAGCGGCAUUGAACCUGUUGUAUAUUCAGGUCGUCAUUCAGGUAAUGGAGCAUAUAAAAAAAUCAGCGGCUAUCCACAUAGUCGUAUAGGAACCGCAGACUAUCCUAAUUAUGGUACUGGAACAGCUACAAUCUAUCCAGGAAAACGUACUCUACCUGAACCCUUCCCUGUAGCUGCUAAUUAUCCAAGCAGCGAUGCCAGUCCUGGAAGCUAUCCAGAACGCGGUAUUGGUACUAGAACUUAUUCUGAGAGUGGCCAUGGAAUUAGUAUUGGAACCGGAGCAUAUCCCGAUAGUGACAGUGGACCCGCAAUCUAUCCAGAGAGUGGCAUCAGAACAAGAACAUACCCAGGUAGUGGUCGAGGAACAGGAACUGAUUCUGAAUCUGGGACAUACCCAGACAUUAAUACAAGAACUAACCAAAACAGUGGCACAAAAACUGUGGAAUACCCAGGGCGCGAUGAUGGUAAAAGAAUUAAUCACGAAAGUGGUACAGGGCAUGAAGCAUAUCCAAGUAGUGGUACUGGAACUGCAGGUACCCACCCAGGCACCGACACACGUAUUGGAGGCCAUCCAGAACGCGGUAUUGGUACUAGAGCUUAUCCAGAGAGUGCCACUGAAACGGACGGUUACCAAGGUCGUGCAACAGAUACUGGAUAUCCAGAAAGUGGUACUGCAACCAGAGCCUAUCCCGAAAGUGACAGUAGAACCGGAAUCUAUCCGGAUAGUGGUACCGGAACCGGGACAUAUCCUGGAAGUGGUAGAGUAAAAGGAACCGAUUCUGAAUCUAGGACAUACCCAGACAUCAAUGGAAGAACUAACCAAAAUAGUGGCACAAGAACUGGAGCCUACCCAGGCUGGGAUACUAGUACAGAGGCAUAUCCAGGUAGUGGUAGAGGAACAGGAACUGAUUAUGAAUCGGGUACAUACCCAGACAUCAAUACAAGAACGAAUGAAAACGGUGGCACUAUAACUGGAGCCUACCCAGACCGGGAUACUGGUACAAAAGUCAAUCCCAAUAGUGGUACAAGGUUUGACGCAUAUCCAAGUAGUCGUACUGGAACUAGUACCUAUCCAGGCAGCGAUACUACUGUUGGAGGCUAUCCAGAACGUACCGUUGGUACUAGAACUAAUCCAGAGAGUGGAACUGGAACAGCUGGGUACCCUGGUCGUGGUACUGAUACCGGAAUAUAUCCAGAGAGUGGUACUGGAACCGCAGCCUAUCCUGAUAGUGAUACUGGAACCGGCACCUAUCCCAAUAGUGGCACAAGAACGGGGGCAUAUCCAGAUAGUGGAAAAGAAACAGGAACCGAUUCUGAAACUGGGACAUACCCACACAUCAAUGCAAGAACUAACCAAAAAAGUGGCACUAGAACUGGGGCCUACCAAGGCCGGAAUACUGGUACAAUAUUCAAUCCCAACAGUGGUACAGGGUAUGGCGCAUAUCCAAGUAGUGGUACUAGAAUUGGUACCUAUCCAGGCAGCGAUACUAGUGCUACAGGAUAUCCAGAACGUGCUGUUGGUACUACAAAUUAUCCAAAGAGUGGUACUGGAACAGCUGGUUACCAUGGUCGUGGUACUGAUACCGGAAUAUAUCCAGAGAGUGGUACUGGAACCGCAGCUUAUCCUGAUAGUGAUACUGGAACCGGGACCUAUCCCGAUAGUGGCACAAGAACGGGGGCAUAUCCAGAGAGUGGAAAAGAAACAGGAACCUAUUCUGAAACUGGGACAUACCCACACAUCAAUGCAAGAACUAACCAAAAUAGUGGCACUAGAACUGAGGCCUACCCAGGCCGGAAUACUGGUACAAUAUUCAAUCCCAACAGUGGUACAGGGUAUAGCGCAUAUCCAAGUAGUGGUACUGGAACUGGUACCUAUCCAGGCAGUGAUACUAGUGCUGGAGGAUAUCCAGAAAGUGCUAUUGGUACUAGAACUUAUCCAGAUAGUGGUACUAAAAGAACUGGUUACCCUGGACGUGGUACUGGUACCAGAAUAUAUCCAGAGAGUGGUACUGGAACCGGAGACUAUCCAGAUAGUGGCUCAAGAACAGGGGCAUAUCCAGGUAGUGGAAAAGAAACAGGAACAGAUUCUGAAACUGGGACAUAUCCAGACAUCAAUGCAAGAACUAACCAGAAUAGUGGCACUAAAACUGGGGCCUACCCUGACCGGGAUACUGGUACAAAAGUCAAUCCCAAUAGUGGUACAGGUUUUAGCGCAUAUCCAAGUAGUGGUACUGGAACUAGGGCCUACCCAGUCCGGAAUACUACUGCUGGAGGCUAUCCAGAACGUACUGUUGGUACUAGAACUUAUCCGGAGAGUGGUACUGGACAAGCUGGUUACCCUGGUCGUGGUACUGAUACCGGAAUAUAUCCAGAGAGUGGUACUGGUACUGGAACCGGAGCCUAUCCAGAUAGUGAUAGUGGAACCGGAACCUAUCCAGAUAGUGGCACAAGUACAGAGGCAUAUCCAGGUAGUAGAAAUGAAACAGGAACCGAUUCUAAAACUGGGACUUACCCAGACAUCAAUGCAAGAACAAACCAAAAUAGUGGGACUGGAACUGGGGCCUACCCAGGCCGGAAUACUGGUACAAUAGUCAAUCCCAACAGUGGUACAGGGUAUGGCGCAUAUCCAAAUAGUGGUACAGGAACUGGGGCCUACCCAGGCCGGAAUACUGGUACAAUAUUGAAUCCAAACAGUGGUACAAGGUAUGGCGCAUAUCCAAGUAGUGGUGCUGGAAUUGGUACCUCUUCAGGCAGCGAUACUAAUGCUGGAGGCGAUCCAGAAGCUGCUGUUGGUACUAGAACUUAUCCAGAGAGUGGUACUGGAGCAGCUGGUUACUCUGGUCGUGGUACUGAUACCGGAAUAUAUCCAGAGAGUGGUACUGGAACCGGAGCCUAUCCAGAUGGUGAUGGUGGAAUCGGAACCUAUCCAGGUAGUGGCAAAAGAACAAAGGCAUAUCAAGGUAGUGGCAAACAAACAGGAACUGAUGCUGAAACUGGGACAUACCCAGACAUCAAUGCAAGAACUAACCAAAAUAGUGGCACUAGAACUGAGGCCUACCCAGGUCGGAAUACUGGUACAAUAGUCAAUCCCAACAGUGGUUCAGGGUAUGGCAUAUAUCCAAAUAGUGGUACUGGAACUGGUACCUAUCCAGGCAGCGAUACUAGUGCUGGAGGCUAUCCAGAAAGUGCUAUUGGUACUAGAACUUAUCCGGAGAGUGGUACUGGACCAGCUGGUUACCCUGGUCGUGGUACUGAUACCUAUCCAGAUAGUGAUAGUGGAACAGGAACCUAUCCAGAUAGUGGCACAAGAGCAGGGGCAAAUCCAGGUAGUGGAAAAGAAACAAGAACCGAUUCUGAAACUGGGACAUACCCUGACAUCAAUGCAAGAACUAACCAAAAUAGUGGCACUAGAACUGGAGCCUACCCAGACCAGGAUGCUGGUACAAAAGUCAAUCCUAAUAGUGGUACAGGUUUUAGCGCAUAUCCAAGUAGUGGUACUGGAACUGGUACCUAUCCAGGCAGCGAUACUACUGCUGGAGGCUAUCCAGAACGUACUGUUGGUACUAGAACUUAUCCAGAGAGUGGUACUGGAACAGCUGGUUACCCUGGUCGUGGUACUGAUACUGGAAUAUAUCCAGAGAGUGGUACUGGAACCGGAGCCUAUCCAGAUAGUGAUAGUGGAACCGGAACCUAUCCAGAUAGUGGCACAAGUACAGGGCCAUAUCCAGGUAGUAGAAAAGAAACAAGAACCGAUUCUGAAACCGGGACAUACCCAGACAUCAAUGCAAGAACUAACCAAAAUAGUGGGACUAGAGCUGGGGCCUACCCAGGCCGGCAUUCUGGUACAAUUGUCAAUCCCAACAGUGGUACAGGGUAUGGCGCAUAUCCAAAUAGGGGUACAGGAACUGGGGCCUACCCAGGCCGGAAUACUGGUACAAUAAUGAAUCCAAACAGUGGUACAGGGUAUGGCGCAUAUCCUAGUAGUGGUGCUGGAACUGGUACCUCUCCAGCCAGCGAUACUAGUGCUAGAGGCCAUCCAGAACGUGCUGAUGGUACUAGAACUUAUCCAGAGAGUGGUACUGGAGAAGCUGGUUACCCUGGUCGAGGUACUGAUACCGGAAUAUAUCCAGAGAGUGGUACUGGAACCGGAGCCUAUCCAGAUAGUGACAGUGGAACCGGAACCUAUCCAGAUAAGGACACAAGAACAGGGGCAUAUCCAGGUAGUGGCAAAGAAACAGGAACCGAUUCUGAAACUGGGACAUACCCAGACAUCAAUGCAAAAACUAACCAAAAUACUAGGACUAGAACUGGGGCCUACCCAGGUCGGAAUACUGGUACAAUAGUCAAUCCCAACAGUGGUACAGGGUACGGCGCAUAUCCAAAUAGGGGUACUGGAACUGGUACCUAUCCAGGCAGCAAUACUAGUGCUGGAGGCUAUCCAGAAAGUGCUAUUGGUACUAGAACUUAUCCAGACAGUGGUACUGGAGCAGCUGGUUACCCUGGUCGUGGUACUGAUACCGGAAUAAAUCCAGAGAGUGGUACUGGAACCGGAGCCUAUCCAGAUGGUGAUGGUGGAACCGGAACCUAUCCAGGUAGUGGCACAAGUACAGGGCCAUAUCCAGGUAGUGGCAAAGAAACAGGAACCGAUUCUGAAACUGGGACAUACCCAGACAUCAAUGCAAAAACUAACCAAAAUAGUGGCACUAGAACUGGGGCCUACCCAGGUCGGAAUACUGGUUCAAUAGUCAAUCCCAACAGUGGUUCAGGGUAUGGAGCAUAUCCAAAUAGUGGUACUGGAACUGGUACCUAUCCAGGCAGCGAUACUAGUGCUGGAGGCUAUCCAGAAAGUGCUAUUGGUACUCGAACUUAUCCGGAGAGUGGUACUGGACCAGCUGGUUACCCUGGUCGUGGUACUGAUACCGGAAUAUAUCCAGAGAGUGGUACUGGAACCGGAGCCUAUCCAGAUAGUGAUAGUGGAACAGGAACCUAUCCAGAUAGUGGCACAAGAACAGGAGCAAAUCCAGGUAGUGGAAAAGAAACAAGAACCGAUUCUGAAACUGGGACAUACCCAGACAUCAAUGCAAGAACUAACCAAAAUAGUGGCACUAGAACUGGGGCCUACCCAGACCAGGAUACUGGUACAAAAGUCAAUCCUAAUAGUGGUACAGGUUUUAGCGCAUAUCCAAGUAGUGGUACUGGAACUGGUACCUAUCCAGGCAGCGAUACUACUGCUGGAGGCUAUCCAGAACGUACUGUUGGUACUAGAACUUAUCAAAAGAGUGGUACUGGAACAGCUGGUUACCCUGGUCGUGGUACUGAUACCGGAAUAUAUCCAGAGAGUGGUACUGGAACCGGAGCCUAUCCAGAUAGUGAUAGUGGCACAAGUACAGGGCCAUAUCCAGGUAGUAGAAAAGAAACAAGAACCGAUUCUGAAACCAGAAAAUACCCAGACAUCAAUGCAAGAACUAACCAAAAUAGUGGGACUAGAGCUGGGGCUUACCCAGGCCGGCAUACUGGUACAAUCGUCAAUCCCAACAGUGGUACAGGGUAUGGAGCAUAUCCAAAUAAGGGUACAGGAACUGGGGCCUACCCAGGCCGGAAUACUGGUACAAUAAUGAAUCCCAACAGUGGUACAGGGUAUGGCGCAUAUCCAAGUAGUGGUGCUGGAACUGGUACCUCUCCAGCCAGCGAUACUAGUGCUAGAGGCUAUCCAGAACGUGCUGAUGGUACUAGAACUUAUCCAGAGAGUGGUACUGGAACAGCUGGUUACCCUGGUCGUGGUACUGAUACCGGAAUAUAUCCAGAGAGUGGUACUGGAACCGGAGCCUAUCCAGAUAGUGAUAGUGGAACAGGAACCUAUCCAGAUAGUGGCACAAGAACAGGGGCAAAUCCAGGUAGUGGAAAAGAAACAAGAACCGAUUCUGAAACUGGGACAUACCCAGACAUCAAUGCAAGAACUAACCAAAAUAGUGGCACUAGAACUGGGGCCUUCCCAGACCAGGAUACUGGUACAAAAGUCAAUCCCAAUAGUGGUACAGGUUUUAGCGCAUAUCCAAGUAGUGGUACUGGAACUGGUACCUAUCCAGGCAGCGAUACUACUGCUGGAGGCUAUCCAGAACGUACUGUUGGUACUAGAACUUAUCCAAAGAGUGGUACUGGAACAGCUGGUUACCCUGGUCGUGGUACUGAUACCGGAAUAUAUCCAGAGAGUGGUACUGGAACCGGAGCCUAUCCAGAUAGUGAUAGUGGAACCGGAACCUAUCCAGAUAGUGGCACAAGUACAGGGCCAUAUCCAGGUAAUAGAAAAGAAACAAGAAACGAUUCUGAAACCGGGACAUACCCAGACAUCAAUGCAAGAACAAACCAAAAUAGUGGGACUAGAGCUGGGGCCUACCCAGGCCGGCAUACUGGUACAAUAGUUAAUCCCAACAGUGGUACAGGGUAUGGCGCAUAUCCAAAUAGGGGUACAGGAACUGGGGCCUACCCAGGCCGGAAUACUGGUACAAUAAUGAAUCCAAACAGUGGUACAGGGUAUGGCGCAUAUCCAAGUAGUGGUGCUGGAACUGGUACCUCUCCAGCCAGCGAUACUAGUGCUAGAGGCUAUCCAGAACGUGCUGAUGGUACUAGAACUUAUCCAGAGAGUGGUACUGGAGCAGCUGGUUACCCUGGUCGUGGUACUGAUAGCGGAAUAUAUCCAGAGAGUGGUACUGAAACCGGAGCCUAUCCAGAUAGUUAUAGUGGAACCAGAACCUAUCCAGAUAGUGACACAAGUACAGGGGCAUAUCCAGGUAGUGGCAAAGAAACAGGAACCGAUUCUGAAACUGGGACAUACCCAGACAUCAAUGCAAAAACUAACCAAAAUACUGGCACUAGAACUGGGGCCUACCCAGGUCGGAAUACUGGUACAAUAGUCAAUCCCAAAAGUGGUACAGGGUACGGCGCAUAUCCAAAUAGUGGUACUGGAACUGGUACCUAUCCAGGCAGCAAUACUAGUGCUGGAGGCUAUCCAGAAAGUGCUAUUGGUACUAGAACUUAUCCAGACAGUGGUACUGGAGCAGCUGGUUACCCUGGUCGUGGUACUGAUACCGGAAUAUAUCCAGAGAGUGGUACUGGAACCGGAGCCUAUCCAGAUGGUGAUGGUGGAACCGGAACCUAUCCAGGUAGUGGCACAAGAACAAAGGCAUAUCCAGGUAGUGGAAAAGAAACAGGAACCGAUUCUGAAACUGGGACAUACCCAGACAUCAAUACAAGAACUAACCAAAAUAGUGGCACUAAAACUGGGGUCUACCCAGGUCGGAAUACUGGUACAGUAGUCAAUCCCAACAGUGGUACAGGUUUUAGUGCAUAUCCAAGUAGUGGUACUGGAACUGGUACCUAUCCAGGCAGCGAUACUAGUGCUGGAGGCUAUCCAGAACGUACUGUUGGUACUAGAACUUAUCCAGACAGUGGUACUGGAACAGCUGGUUACCCUGGUCGUGGUACUGAUACCGGAAUAUAUCCAGAGAGUGGUACUGGAACCGGAGCCUAUCCAGAUAGUGAUAAUGGAACCGGAACCUAUCCAGAUAGUGACACAAGAACAGGGCCAUAUCCAGGUAGUGGCAAAGAAACAGGAACCGAUUCUGAAACGGGGACAUACCCAGACAUCAAUGCAAGAACUAACCAAAAUAGUGACACUAAAACUGGGGCCUACCCAGGUCGGAAUACUGGUACAGUAGUCAAUCCCAACAGUGGUACAGGGUAUGGCGCAUAUCCAAGUAGUGGUACUGGAACUGGUACCUAUCCAGGCAGCGAUACUACUGCUGGAGGCUAUCCAGAACGUACUGUUGGUACUAGAACUUAUCCAGAGAGUGGUACUGGAACAGCUGGUUACCCUGGUCGUGGUACUGAUACCGGAAUAUAUCCAGAGGGUGGUACUGGAACCGGAGCCUAUCCAGAUAGUGAUAGUGGAACCGGAACCUAUCCAGAUAGUGGCACAAGUACAGGGCCAUAUCCAGGUAGUGGAAAAGAAACAGGAACCGAUUCUGAAACCGGGACAUACCCAGACAUCAUUGCAAGAACUAACCAAAAUAGUGGGACUAGAGCUAGGGCCUACCCAGGCCGUCAUACUGGUACAAUAGUCAAUCCCAACAGUGGUACAGGGUAUAGCGCAUAUCCAAAUAGUGCUACAGGAACUGGGGCCUACCCUGGCCGGAAUACUGGUACAAUAAUGAAUCCAAGCAGUGGUACAGGGUAUGGCGCAUAUCCAAGUAGUGGUGCUGGAACUGGUACCUCUCCAGCCAGCGAUACUAGUGCUAGAGGCUAUCCAGAACGUGCUGAUGGUACUAGAACUUAUCCAGAGAGUGGUACUAGAGCAGUUGGUUACCCUGAUCGUGGUACUGAUACCGGAAUAUAUCCAGAGAGUGGUACUGGAACAGGAGCCUAUCCAGAUAGUGAUAAUGGAACCGGAACCUAUCCAGAUAGUGACACAAGAACAGGGGCAUAUCCAGGUAGUGGCAAAAAAACAGGAACCGAUUCUGAAACUGGGACAUACCCAGAUAUCAAUGCAAGAACUAACCAAAAUACUGGCACUAGAACUGGGGCCUACCCAGGUCGGAAUACUGGUACAAUAGUCAAUCCCAACAGUGGUACAGGGUAUAGCGCAUAUCCAAAUAGUGGUACUGGAACUGGUACCUAUCCAGGCAGCGAUACUAGUGCUGGAGACUAUCCAGAAAGUGCUAUUGGUACUAGAACUUUUCCGGAGAGUGGUACUGGACCAGCUGGUUACCCUGGUCGUGGUACUGAUACCGGAAUAUAUCCAGAGAGUGGUACUGGAACCGGAGUCUAUCCAGAUAGUGAUAGUGGAACCGGAACCUUUCCAGAUAGUGACACAAGAACAGGGGCAUAUCCAGGUAGUGGCAAAGAAACAGGAACCGAUUCUGAAACUGGGACAUACCCAGACAUCAAUGCAAGAACUAACCAAAAUAGUGGCACUAGAACUGGGGCCUACCCAGGUCGGAAUACUGGUACAAUAGUCAAUCCCAAUAGUGGUACAGGGUAUGGCGCAUAUCCAAAUAGUGGUACUGAAACUGGUACCUAUCCAGCCAACGAUACUAGUGCUGGAGGCUAUCCAGAAAGUGCUAUUGGUACUAGAACUUAUCCAGAGAGUGGUACUGGGCCAGCUGGUUACCCUGGUCGUGGUACUGAUACCGGAAUAUAUCCAGAGAGUGGUACUGCAACCGGAGCCUAUCCAGAUAGUGAUAGUGGAACAGGAACCUAUCCAGAUAGUGGCACAAGAACAGGGGCAUAUCCAGGUAGUGGCAAAAAAACAGGAACCGAUUCUGAAACUGGGACAUACCCAGACAUCAAUGCAAGAACUAACCAAAAUACUGGCAUUAGAACUGGGGCCUACCCAGGUCGGAAUACUGGUACAAUAGUCAAUCCCAACAGUGGUACAGGGUAUGGCGCAUAUCCAAAUAGUGGUACUGGAACUGGUACCUAUCCAGGCAGAGAUACUAGUGCUGGAGGCUAUCCAGAAAGUGCUAUUGGUACUAGAACUUAUCCAGAGAGUGGUACUGGACCAGCUGGUUACCCUGGUCGUGGUACUGAUACCGGAAUAUAUCCAGAGAGUGGUAAUGGAACCGGAGCCUAUCCAGAUAGUGAUAGUGGAACAGGAACCUAUCCAGAUAGUGACACAAGAACAGGGGCAUAUCCAGGUAGUGGAAAAGAAACAGGAACCGAUUCUGAAACUGGGACAUACCCAGACAUCAUUGCAAGAACUAACCAAAAUAGUGGCACUAGAACUGGGGCCUACCCAGGCCGUCAUACUGGUACAAUAGUCAAUCCCAACAGUGGUACAGGGUAUAGCGCAUAUCCAAAUAGUGGUACAGGAACUGGGGCCUACCCAGGCCGGAAUACUGGUACAAUAAUGAAUCCAAGCAGUGGUACAGGGUAUGGCGCAUAUCCAAGUAGUGGUGCUGGAACUGGUACCUCUCCAGCUAGCGAUACUAGUGCUAGAGGCUAUCCAGAACGUGCUGAUGGUACUAGAACUUAUCCGGAGAGUGGUACUGGACAAGCUGGUUACCCUGGUCGUGGUACUGAUACCGGAAUAUAUCCAGAGAGUGGUACUGGAACCGGAGCCUAUCCAGAUAGUGAUAGUGGAACCGGCACUUAUCCAGAUAGUGACACAAGAACAGGGCCAUAUCCAGGUAGUGGAAAAGAAACAGGUACAGAUUCUAAAACUGGGACAUACCCAGACAUCAAUGCAAGAACUAACCAAAAUAGUGGCACUAGAACUGGGGCCUACCCAGACCGGAAUACUGGUACAAAAGUCAAUCCCAAUAGUGGUACAGGUUUUAGCGCAUAUCCAAGUAGUGGUACUGGAACUGGUACCUAUCCAGGCAGCGAUACUACUGCUGGAGGCUAUCCAGAACGUACUGUUGGUACUAGAACUUAUCCAGAGAGUGGUACUGGAACAGCUGGUUACCCUGGUCAUGGUACUGAUACCGGAAUAUAUCCAGAGAGUGGUACUGGAACCGGAGCCUAUCCAGAUAGUGAUAGUGGAAUCGGAACCUAUCCAGAUAGUGGUACAAGAACAGAUAGUGGCACAAGAACAGGUAGUGGAAAAGGAACAGGAACCGAUUCUGAAACUGGGACAUACCCAGACAUCAAUGCAAAAACUAACCAAAAUAGUGGCACUAGAACUUUGGCCUACCCAGACCGGGAUACUGGUACAAUAAUUAAACCCAACGGUGAUACAGGAGCAUAUCCAGAUACUGUUACUGAAACCCUAGAUUAUCCAGGUAGUGACAGUGGAAAAACAACCUAUCCAGAGAGUGGCACUGAAAGUGGAGUGUAUCCAGGUCGUGGUAGAGGAACAGGGAUUAGUCCGGGAAGUGAUGUUGGAACUAAAAAAUACCCAGAUAUUGUUAAAGGAACUGGAUAUUCGAAAAUUGGCAUUAGAAAUGAAGACUACCCAAUACCUGGUACGGGAACUGGAGCUUAUCCAAGUAGUGGUACGGGAAGUAUUCCAGGCAGCAAUACUGGAACAGGUGCAGGAGUAUAUCCAGAGACGGGAACUGGAACAGCAUCUUCUUCUGAGAGUAGCAAUGGAACCGGGGCAUAUCCAAAUAGUGAUGGGAGAACUGAAACGAAUACAGAUAGUGGUACUGUAAACGGAGCAUAUCCAACUAUUGGGCCUGGUGCUAGUAAAACAGAUGCUUCAUCUGCUUUACCAGAAACUGGUGCAGGGCAAGCACAACCGGUAUCGCCAGGUACUACAAAAACCGGAGCAAAUCCAACUCUUGCUACUGAAACCCGAGAGGAAAGUGGGUAUGGUGCUAGUAGAACAGAUGCUUCAUCCUCUUUACCAGACGGUGGUGCAAGGCUACCACAAACGGUAAUGCCAAGUGUUGUACCUCAAGUCAAUGAAGAAAACCAAUGUCCAGACAGCUGUCUUUUAACUGACAAUAAAGUUUGUGGUACAGAUGGAAUAACAUACGUUUCAGAAUGCAUUCUAAAAGUUGUAGCAUGUAGACAGAACUCAAAUACAAGGGUGAAGUAUACAGGACCUUGCGAAGAAAAGCUUGCUCCAAAAAUGCCUAGUUCGCCAACACAAGAUGAAAAUGGAGGAGAUAACACUGCAACACGUAAAGUAUGCGCAGACAGUUGCCCACUAUUACCACCCAGUGCUAGAGUGUGCGGAUCUGACGGCAACAACUAUCCCUCUACCUGUGUUUUAGAAGUAUUCGCCUGUAAGCUAAACAUUAUAGAACUAACCGUGGCUUAUAACGGACCAUGUGCUAGACGUUCACGACCUACGUUUACUUCUGCUCGUCUGAACAAUGGUCAGGGAACAAGCACUAAGUACGAUGGUAGCAGACAAGCUGGUCAACGGACAGGUGAUCCGAGCCAGGAUGGCCAAGGACGAUCAACCGAUGUCCAAGGAACGAGAACCAGCAGUACUCAAACUGAAUUGCAAAGGGGUGAAAGUCAGAGAAAUAGGGAACCUGACAUUACGAGUGGGAGACUAGGUCAACCAACAGCAGCAGGACGCGAAACACAAAAAGGUCUAUCAUCCAAGAGGAAAAGGUGUGUUGAAAGAUGUCCAAACGAAAACUCGAAUUCAAAAGUAUGUGGUACUGAUGGAAGAACAUACUCGUCCGAGUGUAGACUGAAAGCUAUCGGCUGUAGGCGUAACGACCCAGACCUAUGUGUUGCUUACACGGGGAAGUGCGUGACAAACACGAAUCUCGAAAAGGGGCGUCUUCCUGAUAACCCACUUUCAAGAUCAGAAAACCAAGGAUGAUUAAACAAAUGACGAUGUGUAUAUUUUCUUGCUAUAUUUGAAAAAUAUACGAUUUUGUUUGUAAAAGGGUCAUUAUUGAUGAUAAAACAAUGUGAUUGUUUUCGAUAUUACACCAGUAUGUCCAGCGCCAUGCACGUGACAUUUACAAUAAUUGGACCUAUAUGAAUAAGCAUAAGCGAUAUAUUAUGUUUUAAUACAUAAUGAGAGCGUACAAGAGCCAUGCAUACAUGUAUAGCUUCAAGAAAUCCAAUAUUUUACUUACAUAUUAUUUCUAAAAUGAGACAGAUAUCGUUUAACUUCUUAAAAGUUCCAAACAGAUCCAAAUUUACCCAUUGACUAAAGUCAGUCUAUCAGUAAAAAAAAUAUGUGAACACUUUACUGUUAAUGAUUAAUCGCCAUUAAAUGCCCAAAUAUUUUUGAA